AUGAUAUCCAGUCGAUUUUUAACAAGAACAUUAAAUUUAAAUCGUGCUUCUUGAACAAGCCUCUACAGGAACUUUGUCACAAAGAGGGAAAGAAAUGAAGAUGUGGAACUAUUUUACCAAGUUAACGAAUCCCCCAAUCCUGGGACUAAUAAAUACAUGUUCUUUGUUCAUGGAUUUUUGGGCAAUUGGAUGAACUGGAGAUCAAUCUCUUCAAACAAGAACAUUAGUAUGAAGAGACACUGUGUCCUUUUUGAUCAAAGAAAUCACGGAGACUCCGACCAUCACCCACAAAUGGACUAUGGUGUCAUGUCAGAUGAUUUCAUUAGGCUAGCAGAUAAGCUAAAUAUUGAUAAAUUUACCGUCCUUGGUCACUCUAUGGGAGGCAAGAUUGCCAUGGCCACCGCUUGAAAGUACCCUGAUAGAGUUGAUGGACUCAUGAUGGUAGAUUCAGCUCCUAUAGACUACAACAACUUUGACAGAUACAUUUCUGAAGUUAUAGGAAUAGUUGAUGUCAUUAAAGAAUACAAAAUAGAAGGAAUGACUAAGAAAGAGCUACUCGAUAAACUUACUAAAGACCUACCGAUACCAGGCAUUCCUUUCUUCAUCAUGAAGAAUGUGGAAAGUGAAGGAACCAAAGUACUCGGUUGGAAAUCUAACAUGGAAGUGUUGGCUAAAAAUUUGGAAAAUAUUUUUGAUUUCACAGAUUUUGGAAUGUACGAUGGUCCAGCAAAAGCCAUAUUAGCAGGAAGAAGUAAAAUGAACUUACUUGAUUAUGACUAUUACUUUCCAUAUAUGAAACAAGAGGACAUAGUCUACAUUGAAGGAGCAGGACACUGGGUCCAUGCAGAUAAACCAAUCGAGACAAUUAAGCAGAUUUCUUCCUUCCUUGAUGAGAUAGAUCAAGAGUAA